GCUGUGCUGCUGAACGCGAGUGAAAAUGGCGAGCGACGGACCCCCGGGCACCGAGUCUAACCCGGAUUUGGGUGCCGCAGUGGCGGCUUUGAACGCAUGGAGCAUUCCGGAGUUGCAAGCCAAACUGGCGGAGAUCGGGGCUCCUGUGAUGGGCCCAAGAGAAGAGUUAAUUGACCGGCUGAAAACGUAUAUGAUGCAGACUGGAAUGAUCGUGAGUAAAUCCAGCAUGGCAAGUGGAGAUGACAAGGCCAUGACCACGAUGCCGGGUCUGCCUCCCAUGCCCCCAAUGCCCUCCAUGCCUCUGCCCCCAGGCAUGGGUAUGCUUCAGGCUAUGGGCAUGAUGGGAGGCCCCCCUCCGGCCAGCAUGCAUAUGGGCAUGGAACCUCCCGGGCUGGCACCAGACGACCCGCUGAAGAUGGUCCAGCAGAGGGCUGCCAUGAUGAUGCAGCAGGAGGACAGAGCGGGUCAGAGUGACUCCAGAGUGAUGGAGGAGCAGCUGAAAGAACAGGAGCUUCUUGAGCAGCAGAAGAGGGCCGCACAGCUGCUGGAGCACGAGAGGCAGCAGGAGCUGGCUAAGAUGCAGCAGGGCCCACCGGGCACCCGGGGUCCAGAGCCUAGCCCCGGACCCGGACCCGGCCCUGGCCCCAACCUGCUGCCCCCCAUACCUCCACUAAGAACCUUGACAACUAGUGGCCCACCCCCUCCCGGUGUUUCCAUGGUACCACAGGCUAGUCAGAGGCAGAGAGUACCGCCUCCACCUGGAGAGGAUGCUAGAGAGAUGUGGCAGAGUGAGGAGGUUGGCAUUGGGCCAAAGAUCCCCCAGGCUUUGGAGAAGAUCCUGCAGCUGAAAGAGAUCAGGCAGGAGCAGCUCAUUACUACAGAUGAGGAAGAUGACGAGACCCUAGAUGCAGACAUGAACUCCACUCGUAUGUACUCGGAUGAGGAAGAUGAAGGCGGUCUGUCUAAAAAAGAUAAAAGCAAAAGACGCAGAAACAGGAAGAAGAAGAACAAGAAGAAGAGGAGUCAAGAGCAAAAAGAUCAAGAGGAGGAGCGAAAGAACAUGGCAGCGAAAGAAAAAGACAUUGAGAUCGAGUACGUCACGGAGGAGCCUGAGAUAUACGACCCCAACUUCAUAUUCUUUAAGAGGAUCUUCGAAGCCUUCAAGCUGACGGAUGAGGUGAAGAAGGAGAAGGAAAAGGAGCCUGAGAAAGCAGAAAAGCAGGAAGUGAUGUCACUGAAAAAGAAAGGAUUUUUAGAAGAAAAGAAAGACAGCGAUGACAGUGAUGAGGAAGCCAAGAAAGACACUCCCAAACUGUCCAAGAAGAAGCUAAGGCGGAUGAACCGAUUGACUGUAGCCGAACUCAAACAGCUGGUGGCUCGGCCGGAUGUGGUGGAGAUGCACGACGUGACGGCGCAGGAGCCCAAGCUGCUGGUGCACCUGAAGGCCACGAGGAACACGGUGCCCGUGCCUCGUCACUGGUGCUUCAAGCGCAAGUACCUGCAGGGCAAGAGGGGCAUAGAGAAGCCACCUUUCGAGCUGCCCGAGUUCAUCAAGCGCACCGGCAUCCAGGAGAUGAGGGAAGCCCUGCAAGAGAAGGAGGAUGCCAAAACGAUGAAGACUAAAAUGCGAGAGAAGGUUCGGCCAAAGAUGGGCAAGAUCGACAUCGACUACCAGAAGCUCCACGAUGCCUUCUUCAAGUGGCAGAUCAAGCCCAAGCUCACCAUUCACGGGGACCUGUACUACGAGGGGAAGGAGUUUGAGACGCGACUGAAGGAGAAAAAGCCUGGAGAUUUGUCUGAUGAGCUGAGGAUAGCUCUGGGCAUGCCCACUGGCCCCAACUCCCAUAAGGUUCCUCCUCCCUGGCUUAUUGCCAUGCAGAGGUACGGUCCUCCCCCCUCCUACCCCAAUCUGAAGAUCCCUGGGCUCAACGCCCCCAUUCCUGAGAACUGCUCGUUUGGCUACCAUGCCGGAGGCUGGGGGAAGCCUCCUGUGGACGAGACUGGAAAGCCCCUCUAUGGAGAUGUGUUUGGGACCAAUGCUGUUGAUUUCCAGGCCAAAGCAGAAGAGGAAGAGGUGGACCGCACACCAUGGGGUGAGCUGGAGCCGUCGGAUGAAGAGUCCUCAGAAGAAGAUGAGGAGGAGGAGAGUGAUGAGGACAAACCGGAUGAAACCGGAUUCUUCACACCUGCGGACAGUGGUCUAAUCACUCCUGGUGGGUUCUCCUCUGUUCCUGCGGGUAUGGAGACGCCCGAGCUGAUUGAACUCAGGAAGAAAAAGAUUGAAGAGGCCAUGGACGGGAACGAGACUCCUCAGCUGUACACGGUUCUGCCUGUGAGACCAACGGGCCCGGUGGGGGCGGCCAUGAUGGCCUCCACACACAUCUACGACAUGUCUGCGGCGGGAGCGGGCCGUAAGGCGGGCGGAGCAGUAGGCGGCGCGGGUGACUCCCAGGGUGUGGAGGUUGCCCUGGCUCCGGAGGAGCUGGAGCUGGACCCCAUGGCCAUGACGCAGAAGUACGAGGAGCACGUGCGUGAGCAGCAGGCCCAGGUGGAGAAGGAGGAUUUCAGUGACAUGGUGGCUGAGCACGCUGCCAAGCAGAAGGAGCGCUCGAGCACUGCUCUGCUCGGCACCGAGAAAUUUCCGCUUCCUGCACCGAUAAACAUCCUCACCGAGUUGAGAAACACUCCCCGCGGUCCUUUCGCAACGAGUACGGGAUUUUACGCCGUGAACGCUGUAGCCUGCACACCCAAGCGAUCGUUACAAGAACGGGCUAAACCUCGCGCCUCGUGGACGGAUGGUAAUCCUCGUGCUGUAGGUGAUUUUCGGUGCAGCGGAGCUUCGAGGAACUGCCCGAAUACCUCUAAGCGUUUCAGCUGUUUUGAAACCAAAUCUACCUCCAGCAUGUCGGAGCGAGGAGGGCUCCCGAGGACUGGAGGGGUACCGUCACCGCAGCCCUCCAAACCGGUUGCGAUUAGCUCGAAUCGCCCGGUACACAUGAACCUCUAUGCCACCUGGGAAGUGGACCGAUCGUCCCCGAGCUGUGUGCCAAGGCUCUUCAACCUGACCCUGAAGAAGCUGGUGAUGCUGAAGGAAUUGGAUAAGGAUUUGACCUCUGUUGUUAUCGCCGUCAAACUCCAGGGAUCAAAACGAAUUCUGCGCUCCAAUGAAAUUUCGCUGUCUUCAGCUGGACUGACAGAGACUGACUUGCAGCUUACAUUUUCUUUGCAGUACCCACAUUUCCUGAAGCGCGACGCCAACAAGCUCCAGAUAAUGCUCCAGCGCAGGAAGCGCUACAAGAACCGCACCAUCCUGGGCUACAAGACCCUCGCCCUGGGCCUCAUCAACAUGGCUGAGGUGAUGCAGCACCCUACAGAAGGUGCUCAAGUGUUGGGCCUCCACAGCCAGCUGAAGGAGGCGUCUGUGCCCGUGGCAGAGGUGAAGGUCUACUCCCUCUCCAGCCAGCCUAUUGACCACGAGGGGCCCAAAGCGAAGAUGAACGAUCGUUCUCCGGACAUGGAUAACUAUUCCGAGGAGGAAGAGGAGAGCUACUCGUCGGAGCAGGAGGGCAGUGAUGACCCUGUUCAUGGACAGUAUCUGUAUGAUGAAGAUGAUGAGGUGAGGAAGAAGAAACCUCGGCGUAAACUUACAUCCAGUGCAGCAAUCACCAGACAGCCCAACAUCAAGCAGAAGUUUGUGGCCUUGCUGAAGAGGUUUAAGGUUUCAGAUGAGGUGGGCUUCGGCCUGGAGCACGUGUCCCGCGAGCAGAUCCAGGAAGUGGAGGAGGAUUUGGAUGAGUUGUAUGACAGCCUGGAGAUGUACAACCCCAGCGACAGCGGACCCGAGCCGGAGGAGACGGACAGCAUCCUCAGCACCCCCAAGCCAAAGCUCAGGCCAUUCUUUGAGGGAAUGUCCCAGUCGAGCUCACAGACGGAGAUCGGCAGCCUGAACAGCAAGGGGAGCUUGACCAGAGAGAACUUCAGCCCCGGGGAGCAGCCCCCCUCUGAUAAGAUGAAAUACUCACGCAGUCGUAACCUGGAAGAGGCACAGACUGAGACAGAUGGACUGGAGGGGAAUGAUCAGGAGCUCUUUGUGGACAUGGGUCCCUCCAUUACUGUGUCAGCAGUUGAGAAACCCCGCACUCCGCUGAAGUCUAGCAAGAGUGAAGGUCAAACAAUGCCCUCACCCAGGUUGGAGGGGACACACACACCACGACAGAAGCGCAGUACCCCGAUGAAGGAGCGACAGCUCUCCAAACCACUGACUGAGAGAACCAACAGCUCAGACAGUGAGCGGUCCCCAGAACUAGGACACAGCACACAGGGCCUUAGGAAAGCUGUGUAUGAUCAGUUGAAUCAGAUUUUGUUGUCUGAUUCUGCAUUACCUGAGAGUCUCAUCCUUGUCAAUGGCAAUGACUGGCAAGGCCAGUAUGUAGCAGAGCAGCUGCAGAUCCAGAAGCAGCCGGUGGUGUGUACGUGUUCAGCUGCAGAGAUUCAGACCAUCCUCUCUGCUGUUCUCACACGCAUACAGAAGUUUUGUAACUGCAACUCCUUGAUGCCCCGGCCGGUGAAGGUGGCGGUGGUCGGACCUCAGAGCUACCUCGGCGCUAUCCUGCAGUUUUUCGUCAGCCAGCUGGCCAAUAAGACAUCUGAUUGGCUCAACCACAUGCGCUUCCUGGUGGUUCCUCUUGGCUCCCAUCCUGUUGCUAAGCAUCUGGGUGCCCUUGACAACCGUUACUGUUCCGUCUUCCUGGACGGAGCAUGGAGAGAGUUGUUCAGUCGCUCUGAACCGCCACAGUCAGACAUGUUAGAUGUGGCCGGCCGUAUAGCUCAGUACAUCAGCGGGGUCACGCUCACCCACCAGCUCCCCAUUGCCGAGGCAAUGCUGACGUGCAAGCCCAGAACGCGGGAUGAAGACUCCUAUCAGAAGUUUAUCCCCUUUAUUGGUGUGGUAAAAGUGGGUCUUAUCGAGCCAGGACAGUCAGCUACAGGUGAUGCCGAAGAGGGCGUGUCUGUAAAUUUGUCAGUCCCCUCGACAUCGCCGCCUUCUCAUGGCUCUCCAGCAAGUCUUAAAGAGACAGCGACGCCCCCUUCCUCACCCUCUAUGGGUGCGGUGCUGGCAGUGCAGGGGAGCCCCAGCAUGUCCCAUGGCGUGGACGCCAUUGGUCUGCAGGUGGACUACUGGCUGGCGUCUCUGGCAGAGAAGCGACGUGAGGGGGAGAGAAGAGACACAGGCUGCAAGAACACCCUAAAGAGCGCCUUCAGGUCCCUGCAGGUCAGCCGUCUGCCAGGAGGCGCUGCCAAUGAGCCACAUGCGUCCGUCUCCACCAUGUCCAUGACCGUGGUCACAAAAGAAAAGAACAAAAAAGUUCCAACCAUCUUCCUGGGGAAGAAACCUAAAGAGAAAGAGGUGGACUCCAAGAGUCAGGUGAUUGAGGGCAUCAGCAGGCUCAUCUGUUCAGCCAAGCAGCAGCAGACCAUCCUGAAAGUGUCCAUUGACGGCGUGGAGUGGAAUGAUGUGAAGUUCUUCCAGCUUGCAGCCCAGUGGCCAACGCACGUCAAGUACCUCCCAGUUGGAUUGUUUGGCUACAGCAAGCCGCCCUCCUAGGACGGCCCACUUGGCCUCUAACUCCUCCCCUUCACUCAGCAGCCUUCGCCCUAUUGCACACAGUUCCUGACAGUCGGAAUGCUAGCCAAUUGUAGCGGAGUUGUGAGGAGGCAGCCUACCCUAAGUGAUGCUCUGAUUGGGGGUAGAUGGUGUUGCAGGGUUUGAGUUGGUGGCUGAGGUGUACUUUUUUUAAUGGCGCUAGUCACUUUUAUUUAUUGAAAGGUCAAAGAGCACCAAUUCUGAGCAUACAAGCACAAAACGGGGGACCUUCAGUCUACCAACAAGAGUCACACUGACAGCAUGACAAAGCAGAAAUCCAAAAAAAAUGACCCUAGUCAUGACCUCUGAUGCAGUGCACUCUUGAACAUAAUUGGCCUCACUGUCAAUGUUUUGGUGGAAUCAACAAACACUGUUAACCUCUGAUCUGCAUGUCUACAGCACCCACCAUCCACUAGUACAAUUUGUGUUAUGCAGCGUAUGUACCUGUGCAUGUGAUCAGCUGUGCACCUACUAUUCGCCACCUAAAGCUUUGCUGUUUUCACUGAGCGUGCCCAUUUUGCUGUGGCGUGGAUGCUCUGUCCACCGGCUACUUCUGUGCGUUUUGUUCUUAAUUUUAUACACAAGUUAAGCUUUUGUCUUAUAGGAGCAUUCAACUGUUUGGUUCUAAUGUGAGUACAUCAAAAAGUGUCCUUUUUAUAAAAUGUAUGUAGCUCAAGGUUUUUUUGUUUUUUUGUUUGUUUGUUUGUUUUCUUCAUAGAACAUAUCUCCAAAGAUCACACUGGCCAGUCCGAAUGCAAACAUAUGUCAUUUGUCCAGUGGUCACACCAAGUCCUCAUGGUUGUAAAAACGACUGGUGUUCUUAGUUGUCCGUUUAGUGGUAAUGAGGAAAGAUGGUUUCAUCCAGGUUGAGGUGAAUUAAAAUCAUAUGGAGAUUAAAAAAAAUAAUAAUCCCAUACUUCAUUUUAGCAAAGUGUGUGAGACUAAUUUACUAGUUUCUGAAGAUUCUUUUUUUUUUUUUUUUUUUUUUUUUUUUCCAACCAUCAGCUUUUUCCAAGGUUCUUCAGCAGACUUGGCCAGGGUAAGGAUCUUUUAGAUCUGAAAUGCUGUUGCAAGCUGUGCACUUAAUUUACAUUAGACUUAAUUUACAUUUCACAAACACAUUUUCUUCCACAGUACUAUAUUGUUGGGAGUUAGGAAAUUACUCUUAACGAGAGAGUUCUCAAGAAUGAAAGAAUAUAUGAUGCUUUUUGCCAAGUAGCAUGAUAUCAUUGUUGGCAUAAACUGUCUUUAAAGGGAUAUUUCGAACACGGCUCAUAGUUUAUUCUUCUUCGUAAGUUAAGUAUAUUGGUUCCUACUGUCAUUGAUGUUUGGUUUGGUAACCAAAGAAAGGUUUAUCUAAAAUUCCAUCUCAUAUUUGGUUUGUUGUUUCCUAAACAUUACGGUAAAAAGAAUUAGACAUCAUUCAUUUUGGAGUCUUUACAUUUGAUUACCUCAGUCAAAGCUUUUUGACUUGUAGCCAAAGCAAAACCAUUCUGUUCCCUGUUUCAGUGAUUGGGGGAGGUUACUGGUAAAACAUCCUCAGAAUCAAGGUUAUGUGGCUUGAAAUACGGAAAUUCAUUUUGGCCUUUUAAAAAAUAAAUAUAGCAAGAUGUAUCAAAGGCAUGGAUUUAAUAUAAAAAUGAACACACUUUUUUUUUUUUUAAUGAUCUUCCUCUAUGCUUUGAUAAUGUAUGUCAUUCCCUGAUAUUCAGAUGUUAUCAUUCCCUUUUUAUGAUCUUUUUAUUUACUUUCUUAUGAGGAAGUGAUUGCUAAUUUACUUCAAGCACAGUUUGUUCACAUAUUGCGGUUUUGAGUAAUGUCUAAAUUAACUCACAACUGUCUUCACAAUCAGGAAUCAAAUAUUAAACUCUGAAAAGCUCUUUUAAGAGCAGAUCUGGCAUCAGGUUUUAAGAGCAGAUCUGGCAUCAGGUUGCCACUCACAAUUGGAGUCAUUAACAUGAAGAGCUAAGAGCCAAUGCUGAUCUUCAGUCAGAGUUUAAGAGCUACUAUCGCCCUUUAUCUGCUUAGCUGCUAGUUGUAGAAACGGGCAGCUUCUACUAAAGUGAUGUUCUAUUUUUGUCUGAGUUAUGUGAGGUAUAUUUGUUGGUGUUAAGGUGACAAAGGUUUUAGUGUAUGAAAUUAGGUUAUUGAAAACAAAAUGGCUAUAAAAUAAUGUUGUGCCACUGUAAGAGUGAUGUGAGCAUGUGUUAAUUUCAGUGGUUGCUGAUCAAUUUUGUGGUGUGUAUUUUUAGCAGUAUGCCUACCCUUUAAUCAUGACACAAGGCUACAUAAGACCUCUGAUUGGCUAAGCUUGUGACCUUUCAGUGGGGUGUUUCUUACAGAAAUGACACGCAAAGUAGUAGUUCUCCACCCAUUUAAAUACAGCAAAAUAUACAGAAGUGUACAAGAAAAUUACAUGACAAUUAUGAUGUAUUUUCUAGGGUUUUUGUCUCAGUUUAUCACAUUCUAAAUGCUAAAGGUUUGAGUAGAUUACAAAGAUUCCAGUUCUUGGGAUUUUUGUGUGGCAAAAAGUAUUAAGUUUGUUACAAUCCAAAUGGGUUAACUGAAAUAUUUGUUGGAACCUUUAUUUCUGGAGUGGAUAUUAACAAAAAAAACUUUUUUUUUUUUUUUUUUUUAGUUUAAUUUUAUUUUAUGUUUUCCCAUAUUCUUUUUUUUAAUGCAAGUUUUGCAAAAAGAGCUUGCAAACAUGCUAAUAAAUAUUCCAUAGCACAUUUGCUUGUCACCACUCCCUACUGAUAUAGCUCACCAAAUGCCAACAACUAAAGAAACUCCAAAUGAGUUUUUAGUAGAUUAGUGCUGGGUCAUGGUGGUCACCAGUGGAGUUGAGCCCUACCAGACCCCUCAAACUCUGCCUGCUUAGUGUUCUGGGGAUCUUUGGCCAGAUCUUGAAGUAGACCAGACUGUCAGUCAUUCUCUGACAGAGUGCCUGCUAUCUUCCCCUUCAAAGAACCUGGCAGCCAUUCUGGUGCGCUGAUUGUCUGCAUGUUGUAAGCAGUGGCUCUUUGUGCAAAACCUUUUCAACAGUGAACACCUUUUGAGUGGUACUGUCCAGCUGUAUCAAGCUUAUGCACACAGAUCUUUUGACUGAUCCAAUGUGGCUUGGGCUGUAUUUCAAAAAAUUCAUUAGUUGGAGCUGUUUCAUUUUUGUUUUACAUUAUUAAUUUUUAAUAUGGAAUAUUUGUAAAAUAGCCCAGAAAUGAUGAUGAUGAAUGCCACUGCCAGAGAGCUCCAGCUGUCUUAUUCUAUAUCACUAGAAGUGCAAGAUACAGGGCUUGGUGUAGUAUUGCUGAUCUAAUAAGAAUGGUCACAAAUAUUGACUUUUUUUGCAAUGUUACCUAUUUUAAUGCAAUGUCAUUUUAAUGGAGACUGAUGCACUUUGUUCCAUUUGAAGUUGCGCCACUGUCUCAUUUGAAUCGUCUUGUUGCCUUCUUCUGGUGGUCUGUGUAUGAACAGCGCGUGUUUUCCCUUUUGUGCUGUUCAAUCUGUCAUGAUGUCUGGACCAGUCAUUGAAUCUGUGUUUUGUGUGACGUCAAUGUUUUACUGUCCUUACUGAACAAAUUCCUUGCACACUGAUUGAAAACUAAUACUUUGUAAGGCAACUGAAAAAAAUAAUUCUCUUCACUCCUGCACAAGGGCCUGAUUUGCUAAAGUUAUUACCAUGUGUGGAAUUUGUCAGAAAUGUAAAACCAGUUAUUUGGAGUGAAGUUUAUCAUAAUCACUGAUCCAUAAACUUAAUCAUGUGUCACUUGCUUUAGUAAAUCAGACCUUAAGAGCCUUUGAGUUUCUUCAUCACAUUGAGAAAAUACUUGUAUUGAAUUCAACAAGCUUUGGUGUUCUGAGUUCUUGCAAAAGCUAAUCCCAAGGCUCAGGAUCAGUGUGGUAGAAUAGCGCACUGACAUUUGGCGCAAACGUCUUGCUAGAGAAGCCGAGCUUGUGGAUGAAAGUAUUUUUGCACAUGCACUGUUUUUGGUUUAGUAGUUUUCGGUCCUUUGCCUUUUGCCUAUAUCAAAAAAUAACAGUGCUUGUACAUAUCUUUAAGAAGUGCUUGUAAUAUGAAUCUAGUUCUUGGAUAUUUUUUUGUUGUUUUUUCAAUUCAAUGUUUUGUAGUACUGCUUUUUCAUUAUUUAGUUGUCAGUGGGCUAAUGUGUGGGAUCAAAAAGUGGUCUUUUUUUAAUAAACAGUUUAUUUGUACUCUG